AUGGCGACAUUGGCUCAACUGGUAGGACUAAGUGACCAACUGCUUGCAGCAGUCAAGUCCCUCUGUACUCUUGAUUCCGGCGACGCCGAGUUCAUGAUCCAGAAUCCUGAUGCAGAUACAGAAAUCAACCAAGCCAAGGCAACCAUUUUUGCUAAUGCUGAGGCUAUCAAAACCCUUGUUCAGGUGCCAACCGACUUUCUCCAGAAGCUGGCCAGCCAGGUCGAGGUCCUUUCGUGCCUCUACUGGCUAGCUGAGUACCAGAUCUUGGCAUGCAUACCGCCCGAUCAGGACAUAUCGAUCAAGGAUCUUGCGGAGUUGACCGAAGUGCCCCGAGAACAGCUCUACCGUAUUAUCUGUAUGACGGCCACCUCUGGAUUCCUCCGAGUCAUAUCAUGCGAAAUGGUGGCCCACACACCACUUUCGGUACAAUUCAUGGCCAGCCAAUCUUUACUCGAUGCUGUUGUCUUCAUGGCUGAGACAGUGGCACCUACUGCUUUACAUAUGCCAUCAGCAGCAAGAGACCGUCCUAGGGAUUCCGCAUAUAACCUCGCCAAGAACGAUUCCAGCACAUUCAGCUUAGCCUAUCAAACGCAAAGAAAGCUUGGUCGACAAUGGGCCGCGUAUCUGCAGUACGCCGCUGGUUUGCACCAAGGGGACGAAGUAGUCAGCGUGCUUUCACAGCUGAACUGGUCCAAUCUUGGCGACGCCUGUAUCGUGGAGGUGGGCGCUGUAUCUACCACUAUCGCACAAUACCUCGUGAAGCAGUAUCCUAAGCUUCGUCUGGUCGUGCAGAUGCAGGUCACCUCGGGUUUCCCCCAACUACCUCUGCCACUCCAAGAAGGAGACGGUCAACAGCGCAUUACGGUAACGUACGGUGCCAGCAGCGCAGCACCUCAAACAAUCACAGACGCGGCGGCAUAUAUCCUCCAUCUCCCACCAAAAUCUGCCGAGGCCACCAGCGGUGGCACGAUCCGAACCUUGUUGCAGGCCUAUCUCAGCGUUCUCCGCAUCAGUGGCAGUGUUUUACUCAUUCCGACCAGCAGAUUCCUACCAGAGCCAGGAAGCUUCUCUGAUCCUGGAGCCGAGGCUGUUGCCCGCACCCGCGACCUCAGCAUGCUGCAGUUGUUUAAUGAAGGGGAGAUGGCGCUUGCUGACCUUUUACAGAUCAUAGCGACAGUGAGCGAUAGUAUGGGCAAACUCGUUGUUGCGAACGAACUCCACGCGUCAAAUGGGGCUGCACUAGCAGUCAUUAUUAAACAUGCAUUUCAUUAA